AUGAUGGAGAUAUUCAGCGGGCAGCAGAAAUGGCUGCAGAAAGAGCGGGCAGCAGCAGACAGAGAAACAAGCAGAAGCGUGGACUAUCUAAGAGACGAAGUCGCCUCGAGGUUGUGUGAGCGAGUCCUGGACAUAAACCGCCACUUCCCAAAAGUCCUCGAUCUCGGCGCCAAUGCAUGCAACCUAUCCCGCGCACUCACCUUGCCCUCCGAAGACGCCCCGGAUAAAGGCCCACGGUCAAAGCGAAUUGGAACAAUCACAGCGGCAGACUCCUCGGAAGCCCUCUUGUAUCGCGACGCCGAUUUGCCCUUCAACAAAGAGAUUGAUAUUGUACGACAAGUCCUAUCGACAUCCGAACUGCUGCCAUACGAAGCCAACUCUUUCGACGCUGUCUUGAGCAGUCUGAGUCUGCACUGGAUCAAUGAUUUGCCUUCGGUGUUGGCGCAAGUGAACAAUAUUUUAAAGCCGGAUUGCCCUUUCAUAGGGGUCAUGAUGGGAGGAGAUAGCCUUUAUGAGCUCCGUACAUCGUUGCAAUUAGCAGAGCUAGACCGAAGAGGCGGCGUCUCUACGCACACCUCGCCACUAGCCGAUGUCAAGGAUGUGGGCGGUCUACUACAGAAGGCUGGCUUCAACCUCCUCACUGUAGACGUCGACGACAUUGUAGUCGACUACCCCGAUACAUUUUCCUUGAUGAAGGAUCUACAAGCCAUGGGCGAGUCGAAUGCUGUACUCGCACGGGAGAAGGGCCCUAUACAGAGGGAUGUCUUACUGGCCGCUGAAGGUAUUUACAAGGAACUACAUGGUAACGAAGAUGGUACGCUUCCUGCGACCUUUAGGUUGAUCUACAUGAUCGGUUGGAAACCUAGCCCUAACCAGGCUAAGCCACUUGAGAGGGGAACUGGCAUGUUCAGUAUCAAGGACCACCUAGAGAAGAACACCAAAUCUGGUGAAGGGAAGGAGUAA